UUUGCAGGUUGUAGAGAGACUGUAGCAGCAGUACUGUUUCAUAAAUGUGCAUAACUCAAGAAAUAGAAAGUGACAAAAAGGUUUGCUUUGGGGGUAAAGUAAGAAUCUUUCAGUUUCUUUCAUUAUAGUUUAAGGUUAAGAAUCAUCUUUUCCUUCUUCCUCUCCUUCUCAGUUUUUUUUCUUUGGGACAUCACCUUUAAACAAAGGUUAAGAAUCUUUUCUUGGGUUGAAAAUGGCGUGCCUGGACAACAAGUAUUGCAUUCUUUUUGUCACCCCUUUUGCAUUACGAAAGAUUGAGACCUCCUCACUUGCUUUCUACAAAUGGAAAACACUUUCUUGGAUGAUUUUCCCGCUUGUCAUAUGGGUUUCACUUCUUUUUUCCUAUGGUUCCUCCUCAUCUUCUCUGCAUCGUCUUCUCAAGUGCAUUCAUUUACAGGGACUUAUGGAGUAAACUAUGGGAGGAUAGCAAACGAUUUACUGUCUCCAGAAAGUGUGGUGACACUUCUAAAGGCCGCGAAGAUAAAGAACAUUAGAAUCUAUGAUGUUGAUCAAGAAGUUCUCAAGGCGUUUAAUCGAUCUGGUAUAGAAAUUAUUGUUGGACUUGGCAAUGAGUAUCUAAAAGAAAUUAGUAUAGGGGAAGAUCGUGCCAUGAAUUGGAUAAAAGCAAAUGUGGAUCCAUUCCUUCCUGGAACACGAAUUCGUGGAAUUGCUGUUGGAAAUGAGAUAUUGGGUGGCACUGACAUGGAGCUCUGGGAGGCUUUACUUCCCGCUGCAAACAAUGUUUAUCUUGCGCUCUCUAGGCUGGGUUUGUCACGCACCAUUGAAGUCUCAAGUCCACAUUCUGAGGCCGUAUUUGCUAAUUCAUACCCACCAUCUGCGUGCGUUUUCAGAGAAGAUGUUCUUCAAUUCAUGAAGCCACUUUUGGAUUUUUUUUGGAAGAUCGGUUCUCCUUUUUACAUAAAUGCGUAUCCAUUUCUUGCUUACAAGAAUGAUCCCGGGCAUAUUGACAUUAACUAUGCUCUUUUCAAGAAAAGUCCUGGAAUUUAUGAUGCCAAGACUAAGCUACACUAUGAUAACAUGUUUGAGGCUAUGGUUGAUGCAGCUUAUGCUGCUCUGGAAAAGGUUGGAUAUGAUAAGAUGGAAGUCAUAGUUUCUGAAACUGGUUGGGCAUCUAAGGGUGAUCAAGAUGAAGCAGGUGCGACGGUGAAGAAUGCAAGGACUUACAAUUAUAAUUUGCGUAAACGGCUACUAAAAAAGAAGGGAACCCCAUAUAGGCCAAAGAUUCCUGUGAAGGCUUAUGUUUUUGCAUUGUUCAAUGAAAAUUUGAAGCCUGGACCAACAUCUGAGAGAAACUUUGGAUUGUUUAAACCUGACGGAAGCAUCUCUUAUAAUAUUGGAUUCACUGGACUCGUACCUUCAGCCGCAGCCCCCUCACAGCUUUCUUUUAAGGAUAUUGCAACUCACGGAUGGUUUAGAUCGUCAUAUUUGUCAGCCUUAAUGACUUGUGCGCUGCUUUUGCUUCAUAUUCUAUUGAUGUAAUUGUGGACUAAAGGUUGAGCGUGCUCUCUCCCGUGUUGGAUUUCAUCAUUAACCAACUCUAAGAAACACUUUAGUUUCUUAGGCCCGCACACAUUGUUGUAACCUUUUAACUGAUAAAAACCGCAUUGAAUUUUCAUUCUUUGUACUAACAGCUGUUCUUUGAAUGAUAAUGAAGUUCCUUAAAACAU